AAUCUAAAUAGCCUGCACCGUAGAUCUAAAUUGCACCUGAUAUUAUCAAUUAUCUUUACGUCAAAUUUGAGAUAACAAUUAUUAUAAAAUGCCGCGAAUUUAAUAAUUACAAAUAUUAUAUCUGAAAACAAUUACUACAUUAAUAUUUUGUAGAUUGCAAAAUAUUGGAAUUAAAAAUGGAGAAAGACUUGAAAAACAAAAUUGUUGUUGUCACCGGCGCUUCUAGAGGAAUCGGAUUAAGUAUUGUAGAAGCAUUCUUACUAGAACAAGUUAAAAAGGCGAUUAUUUUGGAUAUUAAUUCCGACGCUGGCAUCAACACCACUAAACAGCUAAACUCUAAAUUUGGAGAGGGUAAAGUUGACUUUUUCCAAUGUGAUAUAUCUGUGGAUGUGGACACUGUAUUCGAUAAAAUCGUGCAGAAGUAUAAAACUAUCGAUAUUCUUGUUAACAAUGCUGGAACAGUGAACGAGAAUUCAAUUAGACAAACGAUGAAUGUCAAUGUUGUUGGUACCGUCGAUUUGACCAUGAAAUUCUGGAAUUAUGCCAGGAAAGAUAAAGGAGGAUCUGGUGGUACAGUGAUCAAUAUAGCAUCGGUCUCUGGCUUCAGGGUGGAUCCAUUUUCACCAUUUUAUAAAGCAUCUAAAUAUGCUGUGAUCGGUUUCACUAGAACUAUAGGUCAUACGGUUAAUUAUCAACAAACGGCAGUAAGAGUUAUUGGCAUUUGUCCGGGUUAUACGAAGACUAAUAUGGGUAAUAACAUUAGUUUACAUGAAAGUCGGAUAUUUCACGCUCCCAUACUGGAGAAGUUUAAGAAGAAGGCAAUAUGGCAGGAAGUCGACGCGGUAUCUAAAGCAGCGGUGGAGAUAUUUAAGAAAGCUGACAGUGGUACUAUGUGGCUCAUAGAAGGAGGUGUGUUAAAUGAACUCCUAGUGCCUUCGGAAUGGAUAAGUGAGGUUUAAACAUUAUAUAAGCUUCAUUUGACUUAAAGAAGAUAAUACCAAUUCCAGAUAAUUCUCACCGAUUUCAGUUUUAUUAUUUUAUUUUUCCAAUUUUUCUUAUUAUUCUUUAAACAAUUAUACUAUAAGUUGUUGUAUGUUUUUUGUUAUCUGUACUAAAACUUAUUAUCAUAUAAGAAGAUAUUUUUUAGAUGCGAAUUUAGACGCCGAUAAUUUGACAAUUUCUAUAAUAGAAAAUAAUUUGUAAUCAAAACCAAGUUGUUGUAUAGGCAGUCAUAUGUCCAUGCUUAACGGUCCAUUAACCACCAAAUAAUUAUAUCAGAUCAUAUAUUAUAGUGAUAUACGCUUCAGCCGUUCCAUUUGUACACCAGCUGUUUAGAAUGGUACAUCGUCUUAAAACAAAUAUCAUUACUUUUGACUAGUUUUUUUAAUUUAAUUCAGAAACUCGCGUAGUUAUUUUCACGAUAAAAUUUAUACAUACGCUAUAAAAUUAUAUAACUCGUAUAAUAAGUGUAAUAUUU